GGGGCCAAGCGGGAGGAGCUGCGUGCGCAGGCGCAAGAGCGGCUCCUCCUCGCGCUGCUGCUCGAGGCGGUCUUCUGCUCCUUCUCCUCGCCAGGCUCCCUUUCUUUCUGCCCCCCGCUUCCCUCGUCGCGCGAAGCUUCUGGGGGUGCCCUGGGGCCGUGGCUGAGGCGCCCGAAGGCCCUGCUUGCCCGCCUCCUUCUCGCGCCCAAGAUGUCGCAGACAGCCAUGUCCGAGACUUACGAUUUCCUGUUUAAGUUUUUGGUAAUUGGAAAUGCUGGAACAGGAAAAUCUUGUUUGCUUCAUCAGUUUAUUGAAAAGAAAUUUAAAGAUGACUCAAAUCAUACCAUAGGAGUUGAGUUUGGUUCGAAAAUCAUAAAUGUAGGGGGCAAAUACGUAAAACUACAAAUAUGGGAUACAGCUGGACAAGAACGAUUCAGGUCUGUAACACGAAGCUAUUACAGAGGUGCUGCAGGUGCUUUGCUUGUUUAUGACAUUACCAGUCGAGAAACCUACAAUGCUCUUACUAAUUGGCUGACUGAUGCAAGAAUGCUGGCAAGUCAAAAUAUAGUAAUAAUACUGUGUGGGAAUAAAAAAGAUCUUGAUGGAGAUCGGGAAGUCACUUUCUUGGAAGCAUCUAGGUUUGCUCAAGAAAAUGAGCUGAUGUUCUUGGAAACAAGUGCAUUGACAGGGGAGAAUGUUGAAGAGGCCUUUGUACAGUGUGCAAGAAAAAUACUUAAUAAAAUUGAGUCAGGAGAACUGGAUCCAGAAAGGAUGGGCUCAGGUAUUCAGUAUGGAGAUGCUGCCUUGAGACAGCUGAGAUCUCCACGAAGAGCACAAGCCCAGAGUGUUCAAGAAUGUGGUUGUUAGAAGCAGAGAACAAAUGAAGCAUUUGCCUUAAGGAAAAGGCUGUCUUUGCAAAUGAUGUUUCAUUAAACAACUGCCAUGGCUUCAAGGCUCUACAAUUUUAGAACUUCUUUUUGAUUCAACCAAGCAGACUACGUAUGGUAUUUUUUAAAAAUAAAAAAGUACUGUGGAAUGGUUUCCAGAAGUGUGCACUUGAUGUAAGAAGACUGCAGAAAAGAAAAUCUGAUAAUUCAGUGGACAAUACUGAAAUGCCUGUAUGUAAACGUUUUCUGUUACAUCUUUUUGUUAUUUCUGUAUUCUGUGUAUAUAAAAUGUCACCAUUAAAUUUCCAAAGCAUGAUAUACUGACAUAAUAUUGCACUAACAGUUGUUUGUUUGUUUUUUUUUUUAAACUAAAAUUUUAACUUUGAUAGGCACUAUCAUGUUUUUUGGUUUUUUUUGUACAAUGGCUUCUAUUUAUGAGUUGACAUUGAAAGCUACUGGCAUUGAUUGUCAGUGUUGUAUUUGCCACAUUUUACAAGGUGCUUACAUGAUUUAUGUUUUGAAAACGGUUAGGUCAAAUUUAUCUUGAAAAGAUAGUUUUUUAAAAUUGAAACAUAGCUGUCCUUAAACAUAUUUCAGUCAUUUUGUCAAGCAUAGGCUACAAAAUACAGUUGUGAACUCUGAGAGCUUACUGCUGUCGGAUAUUGCCUUGGAAAAUUUUUAUUUUCUACAUUCUAGAUUGUAUCUCAGACAGUGCGCUUUGGGUAAAAGGUAAUGCAUUCUUGUUUUGCUGUUCUGUAGCUGUAUUUGAAAUUGUCAAUCACUAUUAUGAUUUUUUUUUUAAAUUAAAACUUCUAUAUAUAAGACUCUUUUCAGGUUAUAUACUUCUCUGUAAAAAGAAGCAACUUAUGAAAACUAGCUCACAUGCAUUGAAGAGGACAGUUUCUCAUUCUACUGAGUUAAAAAGUGUAUUCAACUUUCCAUACUCUGUAAUCUAGAAAAACUGUUCUUUAAAUGACAGCUAUUUGUCUAGGAAAUGGACUCAAACUGGCACACUCUUUCCAUGCCACUGUGAAAGGAAAGCCACUCUCUGCUUCCAUUAUGUCUAAUAAGAUAAUUAUGAAUCAUAUAGACCUACCUGGAAAUAUGAAGUCUUGUUUUUGGUAAAGUAGUUAUAUGUGUGGAAUAAAAUGAUCUCUUACAUGUAUUUCUGUCAUCUUAAAAAUUCUGAAGGUGACCAUUUGUAGUGUGAGUCAACUGAUGGUCAUAAUAUAGGGAAACAUGGUACCUGCAUAUGGGAUCUCAGAGCUGGGAGUGGUACUUCUGAUUAUUGAGCUGCUGCUUUGGUGCCUUGAUCUUAAGUUGAAAACAUCUUGUAUGUUUAAAUUCCUGUAUUGAUACAGGUUUUUGGCUGGUUCUAUUUAGAAGGAGUAUGAAGUUUUGUAUGACUGUCAACUAAGAAUUUCAUCAGCCCAGGGCUAAGGUAGAGAAGAUAAUCCCUAGCUAGGAUACGUUUAUCAAUCACUAAGUAUAUAGUUAUCCAAAAUGGGAACUGUGAAUUUGAUUAGAAUUUGUUUUUCCAAACAAAAUUAUUGUCCAUCUCUAUUUCUAAGGUUGUUUCCUUCCCUUUAGAAUUAAAAAGGAAGAGAUUCAGGGAAGGCAAUGAAUGAGUUGGUCAUUAUUUCUUUAACAGUGCUGUUUCUUAACCAAAUAAUGUCAUUAAUGGCAGUUUAAUAAGGUAAAGGUUUCCCCUGAUGUUAAGUCCAGUCAUGUCUGACUCUGGGGGUUGGUGCUCAUCUCCAUUUCUAAGCCGAAGAGCCAGCGUUGUCCGUAGACAACGGACAUGACUGCAUGGAGCGCUGUUACCUUCCCGCUGGAAUGGUACCUAUUGAUCUACUCACAUUGGCAUGUUUUCAAACUGCUAGGUUGGCAGAAGCUGGAGCUAACAGUGGCCACUCCCAGGGUUUGAACCUGGAACCUUUUGGUCUGCAAGUUCAGCAGCUCAGUGCUUUAACACACUUUGCCACCGGGGCAGUUUAAUAGCAAUCAAUUAAUCUGAAGACACAAUAAUCGUCUGAAAAUACAAAAAUAACCAAAUAUACUACAGAGAGCAGAACUUCCAUAAAAGUUCUAGCAGUCAUAUGCCAAAUUAAGUUACAUAAAAAAAGCCAACCAGAUGCCAAAGUUGUGUUGUACCAGAGUGGAAUUUGGCAUCUUUGAAGACAAAAGCUGCACCAGUCUCAUCUCUUAGAUAAGAGAUCUGUAGUUGAGACAGAAUUACAGUAUGCCCAAAUUACUUACUGUUCACUGGUAGAGAGACACCUAGAGUAGGAAGAUUCAUGGUUACCUGUGCUGUUAUAAAGGAGCAGAACAUUCUUCAAGCUUAAUGUUUUCUGGUUGUAUUUCGGCAAUUACACAUUAAGAGAGAAGUCAUUUUUAUCUUUCACAGUGUUGAAAGUUUAACAUUAACAUGAUUGGAAUGAACUGAUUGAAUAAGCUGCAAACAGAUUGUUCAUUAGAAGAGAAAAUGUGCAUUUGAUUGGUCUGAGAUCAAUGAAAGCCUUCAUUGUAAGUGGAAAAUUCAUUGCAAAAUUAAUAUGGAAUGCACUACAGUGUUGUAAUUAAUGAAUACUGGAUUGGGGAUUCCAGUUUAAAGGAAAGCAAUUAAAUUAUUAGUGGCUAGCAUGCUAUCUCUAUUGUUGUGUAUUUGGUACACUGCAUGGAUGUAUAAGGUAUACAGCAUAGAUAUUUUGUGAUAAAUAGGAAUUGAUUUCAGGGAAUAUUCUAUGUGUGACAUUUUUAUAGUGUACUUUCUAUUGCUGCAUCUAUUCAUAUCAAAAACAAUUCCAAAGAAGCUUGGAGGGCACGCAUUCGUCUAAGACUCUGCUCCUAAAUAGUGUUUUCAGUAUAAGUGGAAAAGCUCCAUUUACUCCUCCCAUUCCUCAGUUUUUAAUACUUAUAAAUUUCAUAUAACUGUCUUUAAACUGAAGGAAAUUAAAAAGGUGGUGUCAUGCUACUCUUAAUUUAGAAGAAAUUACAGUAGAGUCUCACUUAUCCAACACUCGCUUAUCCAACGUUCUGGAUUAUCCAACACGUUUUUGUAGUCAAUGUUUUCAAUACAUCGUGAUAUUUUGGUGCUAAAUUCAUAAAUACAGUAAUUACUACAUAGCAUUACUGCGUAUUGAACUACUUUUCUGUCAAAUUCGUUGUAUAACAUGAUGUUUUGGUGCUUAAUUUGUAAAAUCAUAACUUAUUUUGAUGUUUAAUAGGCUUUUCCUUAAUCCCUCCUUAUUAUCCAACAUAUUCACUUAUCCAACAUUCUGCCGGCCCGUUUAUGUUGGAUGAGUGAGACUCUACUGUAGUAGCUUAGUAUUUUUAAAAAAGGAUACCAUAGUGCAGUUGUCCUAGACCAAGCAUGAGCAAACUUCAGCCCUCCAGGUGUUCUGGACUUCAACACCCACAAUUCCUAACAGCCCAGUAGACUGUUUAGGAAUUUUGUGGGCAUUGAAGUCCAGAACACUUGGAGGGCUGAAGUUUGUCCAUAAAUGUCCUAGACCAUGUGGGUACUUUUACUUUUGUUCUGUAACAUAUUCUUCUCACCUUCUGCUACAAUAUUACUUCCUAUGAGAGAUGAUGCAGGGUGAAGAGUAUGUUCUCACUUAGUCUUAAAACAUGGUGUGUACUAAGAAGCUAAAGCCAUGCAAUGCCAAGCAAAUGAGGGGUAGUGAAAGCAGAUCAACAUAGAUUUCAAAUGCUACUGCACAGAAACUAGCCUGCUUUUCUUUUUCUAGUACUCUGUUGGGCUGGAGAACUCAGGACAUCUUGCCUUAAUGCCUAUAUAGAUAGGAUUUGGUUAUGUGCAUUACUUCUGAGAGAGUCCCGUUUCCUCUGCUUUUCCCCUCCUUUACUUUAGUACAAAAGUAUCUCUUAUUAGUCUUCCUCCCCCACUAUUAAGAAAUGGCUGCUCACUAAUUGUGUAAUUUUGACCCAAAAGAACAUCUUAACUGGUAUUAAAAGAAAAGACAUUUUAAAAACUAUGAUUUUUUCCAAACCUGACAUGCAAUGGCCAAAAUACUUUUGGUGUAUUAAACUAGAUAGUGGCAGCAGGAGAGAGAAUGCUGUGAAUGUGGACUCUGCAAAGGAGAAGAGGCAUUGGAAAAAUGGACUCUUAGGAACCAACAGAUUUGACUGGCUUUCUUCACAAUCUGUGUAUAGCCCUGGAAAAAGGACAGCUGCUUCCAUAGUGGACCAACACAAUUCUGAUCUAAGAUUACAGUUCCAUAUGGCGUAUCUGGAUGUAAUGCCAUCUUGAUCACCAGAGCAUUAAUCCUGUAUCAAUGUAUGUAGCAGUGGUUUUCAACCUUUGGUCCUCCAGUCUUGUUUGGGGGCUUGUGGGAUCCUGACUCCUAGAAUCCCUGGGUAUUGGCUAUGUUUGUUGGGACUUUUGAUAGUUAAAAGCCAAAAUAUCUGAAGAACUGUAGAUCCCGAAACAUAGAAUUGUACUAUAAGGACGGGAAAACCUGCUUAUUAUAUCUGCACACAAUUCUUACAUAUUCUCUGAAAUUCAUGUAUAUGCAAGGAUGGAAAGAACCUGCAUGGGGAAUUUUGGUAUGAAGAUUGUUUGUGCCUGACCCAUUUGUUUCCCUAAAAAAAAUUAGACUUUGUAGAGCUUGGCUUGGGAGCUAGUUGAAGAAAGCCGGAAAUGAAACAUUUCCUGAAAAUGCCUCCAUUUCAUUUUUUGUAGGGGAAACAUGGGAUUGGGACCUCUGUGCUUCCCUUGCAGGAUAUAAUUCCAUCCUCAGGGCUUGUAAAACAGCAGCUGCAGUCCAGCAUACUGUUCCUACAUGCACUGUCAGUUUGGGUGCAAUUCAAGUGUGCUAAACAGCUGUCUUUGUUCAAUACCCGUAGCAAAAGCAGAAUUAUUGAGUCACAAGACAGUAUGUAUUUGUUUUUUAGGUUUUAACUAUUUAUAAAAAUAAAAAGUGUAUUUGCAUAGUAUUGGAAUUCAUUAACACCCUUAAAAAGCAUGGUUUCUUUACUGUAAAGUUUUUAUUAUGCUGCCUAAUGUCACCCAAGGAAUGUUAUUGAAAGUAAUGAAAUAAAAGGUUUUCUGUAAAUGUACUAUAUGUACGUUUCUUUUCAGCCAUACAGCAGAUCUAUGGAGAGUUUGGAUGGUGGCUUAUUUACUGAUUGAUCAGCCUUUUCCUACAGUGAUCCUUUCAAAAACAGCAUCUCCUCUGUGUAAUGCAUACAUUCAUAUUUUCUGAAUGAAAGCUGUCACUCUUUCAAACCACACUUCUGUGUAAGACAGUCCCUCUGAACCUAAAACUGAAAAAACUACAGUGAGGAAAAAGUAUUUAGUCAGAUACCAAUUGUACAAGUUCUCCCACUUAAAAAGAUGAGAGAGGCCUGUAAUUGACAUCAUUGGUAGACCUCAACUAUGAGAAACAACAUGAGAAAACACAUCCAGAAAAUCACAUUGUCUGAUUUUUCAUGAAUUUAUUUGCAAAUUAUGGUGGAAAAUAAGUAUUUGGUCCAUAACAAAAGUCCAUCUCAAUACUUUGUUAUAUAUUCUUUAUUGGCAAUUACAGAGGUCAAACGUUUUCUGUAAAUCCUCACAAGGUUGGCACACACUGUUACUGGUAUGUUGGCCCAUUCCUCCAUGCAGAUCUCAAGAGCAGUGAUGUUUUGGGGCUGUCGCUGGGCAACAUGGACUUUCAACUCUCUCCAACAGUUUCCAUAGGGUUGACAUCUGGAGACUGGCUAGGCCACUCCAGGACCUUGAAAUGCUUCUUACGAAGCCACUCCUUCGUUGCCCUGGCAGUGUGCUUGGGAUCACUGUCAUUCUGAAAGACCCAGCCACGUUUCAUCUUCAGUGCCCUUGCUGAUAGAAGGAGGUUUGCACUCAGAAUCUCACGAUACAUGGGUCCCAUUCUUUCUUUCAUGUAUACGGAUCAGUCGCCCUGAUCCCUUUGCAGAGAAACAGCCCCAAAGCAUGAUGUUGCCACCCCCAUGCUUCACAGUAGGUAUAGUGUUCUUUGGAUGCAACUCAGCAUUCUUUCUCCUCCAAACGCCACGAGUUGUGUUUCUGCCAAACAGUUCAUAUGGUUUCUUCUGGCCAUAUGACAUUCUCCCAAUACUCUUCUGGAUCAUCCAAAUGCUCUCUAGUAAACUUCAGUCGGGCCCAGACAUGUACUGGCUUAAGCAGGGGGACACGUCUGGCAUUGCAGGAUCUGAGUCUCUGGCAGCGUAGUGUGUUAUUCAUGGUAGCCCUUGUUACAUUGGUCCCAGCUCUCUGCAGAUCAUUCACCAAAUCCCCCAUGUGGUUCUGGGAUUUUUGCUCACCGUUCUUGUGAUCAUUUUGACCCCAUAGGGUGAUAUCUUACGUGAAGCCCCAGAUCAAGGGAGAUUAUCUUGUAUCUCUUCCAUUUUCUAAUUAUUGCUCCCACAGUUGAUUUCUUCACACCAAGCUGCUUGCCUAUUGCAGAUUCAGUCUUCCCAGUCUAGUGCAGGGCUACAAUUUUGUUUCUGGUGUCUUUCGACAGCUCUUUGGUCUUCACCAUAGUGGAGUUUGGAGUGUGACUGCUUGAGGUUGUGAACAGGUGUCUUCUAUACUUAUAACAAGUUCAAAUAGGUGCCAUUACUACAGGUAAUUGAGGACAGAGGAGUCUCUUAAAGAAGAAGUUAUAGGUCUGUGAGACCCAGAAAUCUUGCUUGUUUGUAGGUGACCAAAUACUUAUUUUUCACCAUAAUUUGCAAAUAAAUUCGUGAAAAAUCAGACAAUGUGAUUUUCUGGAUGUGUUUUCUCAUGUUGUCUCUCAUAGUUGAGGUCUACCUAUGAUGUCAAUUACAGGCCUCUCUCAUCUUUUUAAGUGGGAGAACUUGUACAAUUGGUAUCUAUCUGACUAAAUACUUUUUUCCCCACUGUAUUUGUCACACACAGUAAAUGGACAAACACUUACAUUGUAUGUUGCUGAACUAAAGUAAUUUAGAACUUUUGACUGUAAUGAAUAUAAACACGACUUCUGAGUGUGUGGAUGCUAUAAUUUAAGCCUUUCACUUUGAGGAUGUUGAAGGUUUUCCUGGUAGUGAAUGUUUUACAAAAGCUAUAGUCCCAUUUAGGUUAUUUCAGUAUGGUAGUAGAUUUUCAUUGUCUUACUGAUUAAUCCUGUAUCUGUUUAGAAUACAUUUUGUCUCUCAAUAUGAAGAUGAGCAAAUUCUCUUCUGUAAAAAAAUUGAGAAGUUAUCUCACUUCUAUAAGAAAUGCAAAAAAGGAUGGUUAUUGAGUGCUUUUUAGUACUGUAGCACACUUUGGUAAACAAAAGCAAAUAGACCUCUAAGACCUCUUUGAUAUGGUCACUUCAAAGUAAAGAUCAUUGAGUUAUGAAAAUAUGACUCAUGAACAGUAUUUUAAUCAUAGGUAAUAAAGCCUUGGGGCAAUAUUAUUUGCUUUGAUCUGCCAUUUUAAAAAAGAAGCAUCAACAAGUUACUCAUCAACUAGUUUUUAAUCUGCAAUCUCUAGCCUAACUCCUUCCACUGUGUUGAAAAUCUCCUUUAUAAAAUAACAGAAUAAAAAUCAGAAUAUAAACCUGCUGUUAGAAUUUGGUUUGCUGAAUUGCACAACAAUAUAUAUUCAAGGUAGAUUAAUUUGGACUAUAUUGGUGUGUGAUGUUUACCCAUUCUGAAUUCAUAUCUCUUCCACAUUGCCUUAAGGUUGCAAUUUUCAUUGGCAUUGAUGCAUGUUAACUCAGAAGUCUUGAAAUUUUGUUGAAACAUUGGCAGAUUAUGUGGUAAUCACUUUAAAUGCCAGUAUAUGCUUACUUCAGUUUCCUACCUUAAUUAUACAUCUAAGUAGAUUGGUAUGAAAGCUUAUGCUACUAACUUCGUUGUCUGUGUAUCUAAAGUCGUAUAUGAUCUCAUAAGUAUGUAUGUCUUCCCUUUACAUAAUAAUCAUAAAAUUACAUAAUAAAUUGGAAACUAUUUUUUACUGUUCUGAACAUAUAGACAACUUCAUCGCUUGUCUGUACAGUACAUUAUUAUAGGAAAGUUCUCGGGCCUUGAUAUAACUGUUGAUAAUUGAGUGCCACUGCCUAAGCAAUCUAUAUAUAUAUAUAUAUAUAUAUAUAUAUAUAUAUAUAUAUAUAUCUUAGAUGCAAUUAGAUCUGGGCUUUCAGUUGAUGCCUAAACAUAAUAGAACAUCUUGUAUUCAUCAAACCACUUUUCUGAAAAAAAUAUAUCAAGCAUUAUUUUGGUGUCCAUACAAAUGGGUAUUGCACCUAUACAGACUCACCAAAAGUAAUAUUAUAUUGCUGAGUAUAGGUUGGUAAAUAUUGUGAUUUUUUUUCGUCUUCAUUGUUCCACUGAAAAAACUGCUUUUAAAAUUAUUUACAAAUGACCCGGACUGUGUCUUGACUAUACACUUAUAAACACUUAAUACCAUUUUAAAUUUUCCAUCCUGUAGAAUCACAGGAUUUGUAGUUAAGUUAGAUAUUAAGAGGAAUUCAACUAUGCUCUACAUUAGAAAGCAGCACUUCUGGUGGGAAAUGGAUAGAGCAGUAGAUAGGGUUUAGAAAGUUGGUAGGGAAGCCCAUCCCUGACUCACCCUCUCUCUCCAUCUGUCUUGCCCCGAUCUUCAGGGCAACUCACCGUACUCAAGUUUCCAGCCCCCUUCCUGGAAUUUUCUGUUUCUGGACAGAACCUGUAUUGUUUCCUUUCCUAAUAGUUAUGUAGUUCUUUUGAAUAAAGCUUUUUAAACUUCAACUGCUGGCCUAGUUCCUUAAGUGUGAUAUCUCAUGGUUCCUCCUAAUGCACUACUAUACUCUGCUAACUGCACAGCAAAGUGGACUAGCAAUCUGUAGAAAGGAAUGCUAGGUCCCUCUAAAUUCCAGGAUCCAAAUAGCUAGGGCCAUUAUAAUAUCAAACUAUUAUAACUAUGCCGGGUAGAUUCACUCCUGGAAUCAAGCGGGGAGUAGUGAGUGGCAAAGUUUUCCCUUGAGAGAAAUUAUCUUGUUCAACAAGAACAAAAAUAGAUUAAUAAAAUCCAAUAGAAUUUCUAUAAACAGGAGUUGAAGUGACAAAUGAAAUUCUAAGGAAAUGUAGUGAUUUCCACUUUUAUGUAUAAACUAACAGCUGAUAGUGACUGACAGAAAGGGAUCUGUAUAUUAUUAUUAUUAUUAUUAUUAUUAUUAUUAUUAUUAUUAUUAUUAUUAUUAUUAACAGUAUUUAUAUCCUGCUCUUCUCACCCCAAAGGGGACUUAGAGCAGCCUUAUAGAUGGGCAGCAAUUUAAUGCCAUAGACAAACAUAUAAUAAAAUUAAGAUAUACAUUAAAUCCCAAGAUAUUAAAACACAAUUUAAAACCAAUUAUUAAAAUCACAUCAUCCAAAAUAAUGAUCCAGGGCCAUUCCAUUUGUCAUUUCGCUAUUCUGAAUUCUCUUAUUGCACUAAAACUUAUUAUCCAAAAGAUUGGUCCCACAACCACAUUUUUACUUUCUUCCUGAAGGUCAGGAGGGUGGGGGCUGCUCUAAUUUCACUAGGGAUGUUAUACAUCGCUGAAUGGUUGAAAAAAAGUACCGUAUUCUAACAAAAACAUUUUUCACAAAGCUUUGGUGGUUUAUAUCAAUGACAUGGGUUGCGGUAUUUUUUCUACUUAGUAUUUCAGUUUUAUUUUAUUGACAGGCGGUUGAGACAUUCCAGUGCCCUAAACAAAAUUUGAUCCAAUUUAGCCUGGAGAAUUAUAAUUCCUAAUCAAUCGUUCCAUUUUGAAAAUUCUCAAGAAAACCACCAUACUCUCCCAAUACUAUUUUGAAUUAGUAGUUUCUAACUGGUUUGCAAUAUUAGCUAAGAAGCUUCCCAGUAUUAACUUCUUAGCUGUAAGACCGCCUUUAUGUUACAGAAUUUUAUCAUAGGUAAAUUAGUUGCCACCAUCCUGAAAUAGAAACCAUGCAAUGUCAGCCUGAUAGCGGGGGAUGCAAUUGCCACUGAAAAGGAGCACUAAGUAGAUAUUUUUGAUUUCCAUCUGGCAACAAUUCAACAUUAGUUUCUGAGGUGUUCUGCAUCAUUUCCUUCAAUGUGGCAAUUCAGUAAUGUCUUCAGCUAGCUGAGAAUCAUGAGACAUACACACAACACAGUACAUCCCAAUUAGAUAUCUGAGACUUGUGAAGAAUUUGUUUUCAAAUCAAUUUUAUUCACAUAUAUAAAGUCAUGGCCAGUACAAUUAAAUCGAAAGAACACAAAACAUAUAAAAAAACAAAUGCUAUUUAAAAACACAUUCUAAGUCACAUAUUGCUUCAAGCUUCAUUUUUCCAAGCUUUUCUCUAAAGUGAUUUCAGUGCUCCUGACAGUGAAGUGAGGCAGCUUCCCUUUAUCUCUGACCUUCCCUAACCCUUUUCUUUAUAGGGAUUACAUAAAGGAGCAGAGACUAACUGAAUAUAUGGCUUUACAAUGCCACGUAUCUCCACUUGCUAGUAAGGACUUGAGCCUAAAAUAGGCACACGUGAAAGAUUUUAUCCAGUUUGGUCUGGUCACUACCCCACUAUUCUUUGGGUUUAGCUUUAUUUGUUUGCUUUUUCAAAAUAGCACACCAAUAUAUCAGUCCAACUAAUUCAUGGACAAAUAAGUUAAAAAAGGUUGGUAUGCUGAUAGUUAAUAGCUAAUAUGGUGACAAUCUAACCCAAAUUACAUUUACAUUGAUUGAAAAGGGAAAUGGUAACUAAUAAGUUUAUUAUAUUGCCUUAUAGAAUUACAUUAAAUGCAAGACUAAAGGUCUUACCAACCUGAAGCUGAAACAUGCCACCUGUUUUUCACACAUACCCCAUGUCAGUCUUCUGAGCUUGAGAAAAAAAGGAAAGGGGUAUGUUAAUUUUUGAAAACCAAAAUGUCUUAUCCACCCCCAGCAAACCAAUUUUCUUGCUUUUUCUCUUUUAAAAUCUCAUAUUCUAUAUCCCCCUUAGUUUACUGCUUCUCACGUGAAUUCCUAUAAAAAUGGAUUCCAACUUAAAUCCAGUUUAAGUUCUUUGUUUAGCUUAUCAAAUGUAGUCAAUAUUUUUUUUGUUAGAAAAUUUUCAAUUUAAUUUGUUCAAAUGGCGCUUCUCUAAGCUAAUCCUAAACCACAACCUGAUGUAUUUUUGAGAUGUAGACAUAAACAUGUACUCUAUUAACAUAUUUCUGAGUAAGCAUUUACAUGAUGUACCUUAGCGUAGCAUAUGCCAGAUCAAAAAUGCUUAUUUCAUUUACAUGUGGAAGCACUGAGAUGAUGGCUGGUGUGCAAUACUAUAGUUUGUAAUCUAGAUUUAUAGAUUUGUAACUGGUCUGUUUUCAAUAAGAUGGUACAGUAUUACUCUAAACCUACAUAACCUCAACCCACCUUGAGAGCUAGCAGGAGGGAGUGGGAAAAGAAGGUCCAUUCAGCUUCCAAUCCAAAUGCAAGGAGGAAGAGAAUCUUGUUGCAAAUUCUUUUCAGGGCUACAUUCCCUGAUGAGAGAGAAAUGGAAAACCUCCUUCUCCUAACUGGAAGUUGGAUGGACCUCCUUUGCCUGAUCCAUCUUCUAGGUCUUAAGGUGGACAGGCAGAGUUGUGUCAGGAUACAUUGCAGAUGUAACUAAGUAGCUAAUAAAGGCUAUAGGCACACCCUUUUUGCCAGUCUGGUAUAUAGAUUUGAGUACAUCUCAGUAGAUUCAAGUCAAUUUUCCUAUUGCUUAAGAUCAGUCAUUUCUCAAGAAAUAAGACAAGUGCCCCUGCAGAGGCAUGAUAGCUAAAAGGGGCAGAAACCACCAGGAUGUAAAUGAAUUCAAUUGUUUGAAUCAGAAACAUUUUUGUCAACCAGGUUAAUUCUGUAAUGUAUGUGCCACCCAUAGGAGGCAAGGAACAAAUGGCCUGGUGAUGUUGCUUUACCACCCUGCUAGUCAAAUUUAAAAUACUACAGUACAUUUAAGAGAUGCUCUUUUAAAAUCUUCUGAUGCACUACAGCUGUGUAAUUACCCACAGAAGAUAUAGCUGCCAAUAGGGUGAUAAGUUAGAAACAUCUCUAAAGUUUUUAAAAAACACACACAAAGUCAAGAAACAAAAAUCUCUGUAUAAACCACAAUCAGCAGGCACUAUUGCCCUAUAACUGCAGUAUUUAGGAAAGAGAAAUGAGAGCUUUCACAUAUGAUAGCUGCUAAAGGUUAUUGACUUGUGCUGUGAAGAACAUGUGGCAAUACAAACACAGAGAAGCAUGUUUUGGUAUUGCAUAAUAUUAUCUUACAGUUUCACAUCAUAUAUUUAUAUUACAAAAUAUAGGUCAGGUUGGAAAAGAAAGUGAGCUCUUUUUAACUGCACUGGAAUUGACAAUGUCCUUGAUACCUAUGAGUGUUUCAUGCAUUUUAUAGCUGAAGGAUGUACUGAUCUAAAUUUAGUGAAAACAGAAGAGGCACAAACAUAAUACAAAUUUCCUGAAGAUGUGGUAAGGUUUGAGGAUGACUACAAAACAAUCUCUAUUUCAUGAUAGUAUCCUUAUUUUAAAUUACAUUAGGUCAGAAGUAUUUCCUCUGUAUGGGAGAAAACCUGACUCAAGACAGAUCUUUUGUCAUCUUUUGAAAACACCGCCCUUUGCUACACAAGCAACAGAACUCAUGCCUGAACAUCAGAUGGAUUGAUGUACCCUCAUGAUAAAGCGAUGUAAAUGUUAAUCAUUUUGUAAAUUGAAGGUAAGAAAUACUGGAAUAAUCAAACAAAACAAGGAACUACAAUUCCAACAAAAAACCCAAGGAAAUGCCUCCAAGGUUUGAAGGAGAGCAGAAAGCUGAAAUAAGUACCGAAGUCACAUGCCAAAAACUAGCAAAGAAACCAAGUUUCUGGCAAAUCAGAACUUAAUCCUACAUAACAUUGUUUUAUUUUUAAAUGAAAUACAUUUGAAGCAUGAAUAAUAAAACUAAACUGCCCCAUUACGUUUCUUAUUACUGAAGCCACCAGAUCAUGAGAUUUCAGGAAACAACUAUAGCCAAAAAAAAGUUGUUUUAAGCCCCUUGAAGACUUACCUAUUUAGAGCAUGAAAUUAAACAUGACAUGGAGUCUCGUAAUAUGUGGCAUAAGCUCCAAGCUGUCACUGUUAUCAUGAUUACCAAUGGCUUCAUCCUUACAUUUACACACACUUAUUCAGAAAAAAGGGGUAUGUUACACAUUUUAAAAGUACAGGAAAAUCUGCAGUCAACCUGAGUACUGAAUAUAUCUUGUGGAAUGCACACUAGUUUAAUCAGACAGUUAGAAGAGUCCCAAUUCAGAGUACUAACAGUACAACUAAAAUUUCACUAUUGCAGAAGCUUACCUAACAAAACUGUUUACAAAACAUUUCAGUCCACCUAGAUGAAAUGUUACAUCACCACCUCCGCCCAAAAGAAAGAAAAAGAAUGACAUACCAGUUUGGUAAUCAAGUCCAUGAUACUUACCACAUUACUGAACAGAUCUCCACUAUUAGUUCAUGAUUGUCUAUGUCAUUUGGUACACAACAGCAAAUAAAUACAGUUUUAAAAACAAUCAGAGCACAUCAUUAAUCUAUUGCACCAAAAUCUGAUUCCAGAUGGCCACAAAAUCCAGAAUUGGAAUGUAAACUAAACAUGUCACUGUAAGUUUAGGUUCGGGAGAUUUUUUCGUAGUUCUAAAAUGACUGAUUCCAUGAUUCUAUUAAUCCUAAUAGCUCCAGAUAGUUGUGCAAAAGCUGGCAUAUGUCUCCACAGCUUGUGAUCCGCCAAGCAAAUGCAUGAAAGGAAAUAAUAGGCUCAUUAAAGUUCACCAGUGAAAUCCAUGGAAAGGGAAUAUGUGGCCCUCUGGAUGUUGCACUCAUUACUUACUAUUGACUAUUCCUGAUAGAGCUAAUCUAGGUUCCAGUCCAACAACAUCAAGAGGGCCAUAUAUUCCCCAUUUAUA